AUGACAAUUGGCACUUCAAAACCCUCUCCAGAAUUUCCGCUACCUGUGGAACUCCUCCGGGAAAUCAUCACCCUCCUUCCACCCAUAGACCGCCAAAUGCUCUCUUUGGCAUCUCGCUUCACACGAAGUCAGGCCAUACACUUCAUAUUCAGACAUUUACGAUAUACGGGGAAGAUAACACCUAAAGUACGCAACAUUCAUCUGGCGAGCAAGGAGGUGAAAGAGGUCAUAAGAAAACUCGAACUCAAUUUCUCGAGCAUUGCUACCCAAGAAGAUGACGACAGCGCUGUCGCCUUCCAAUUCCUGGAAACCCUGCCAAAUUUGCAGGCUCUCGAAUACCACCAGCUCGGACACCUUAUUCGAUUUGGGGAUCUCUCUCAGCUCAUUUCUUCCAUCCGAUCCGCCUCUCUUCUUGAAUUCGGCCUUUAUACUGGGCUCUAUGCAGCCGUUGAAGCAGUUCCUACGGCAGGUCCCGUCGGCCUAGAGAAACUCUCCAUAACUUGGCAUGUAAACGACAACCCGAAUCAGCCAGGAAGUUCACUAGCUCACUUGUACGCGCUCGUUCGGCCCUCACUUACGACUCUAGUGAAACUUGGGAUCGACAACGAGCCUGAAAUUUUUGGCGGUGACUUUGACCUGCAACUAUUGAAGCCGGCUGGCCGCACUUUGCGGACGUUUGAAUAUACUCUUCAAAGUUCCGAUGAGACCGUACUCGACACUAUUCCAGAGAUUCUCCCACAUCUCACAAAGCUUAGUAUCCAAUGGGACAACCUAUUCACGGAGCACUCUGUUUUGUGGAAGGAUGUGCACAUCCAAGCUCUUUCAAAAAACGAGAACCUUACCGACCUCACACUGUCCUCGGGAAGAGAAUGCCGACGAUACUGUGAUGGCUGA